AUGCUAUUCACUCGUUUUUUGACUCCCGCAUACCUCGCUUUGGCAGCCCACGCCAGCGACGGUUUUUACAAAAUGGACUUCAACCUUCUCCACGGGGAGGACUUGUCCAGCGCCUUGUCCAACUUCUUGGUGGACAUCGGAAAGGAGUUUCCUGUGGAAGACUUGUUUGGAAGAGACUCUAAGGACCUGCCAUUCGCAGUUAGUGUUGCCAACGAACAAACCUUCUAUGUCACCAACGUCACCAUCGGUACCCCUCCGGUUUCCGUGGAGGUGUUGCUUGACAGUGGAUCUUCCGAUCUCUGGGUGAUGAGCUCGAUCAACCCCCAGUGCCAUUCUCACGGUGGUGAUGUCGACUGCGACCGCUACGGCACUUUUAACGAAUCUGCUUCGUCAACCUGGCAGCCAAACGGCGAGAACUUCUCGAUCUCGUAUUUGGACAAAACCUACGCUCGUGGUGCUUGGGGUACCGAUGUCGUUUCAUUAACUCCACAAUUGAAAUUAGACAAUGCUACCUUUGCCGUUGCCGACGACAGUGACUCCAAUGUUGGUGUCUUCGGUAUCGCCUACCAAGUCCAAGAAAGUGCCCAGAAGAAGUACACCAACAUCCCUGCCUUGAUGAAAGAGCAGGGUCUCAUCAAUAAGAUUGCAUACUCCUUGUACUUGGGCACUUCCUCCGAUACCUCUGGAACCAUCUUGUUCGGAGGUGUCGACAGAGCGAAGUAUAGCGGUGAAUUGGUCCCAAUCGACAUUACCAAAGACCAGAACGGAAACCCACACCUUUUGCAAAUUCCAUUGAAGUCGAUCUCGGCCCACAUCGUUAACCGCGGCGUGCCUCCUCCUACCCCCACCUCCACUGCUACCGGUAACGUUCCUCACAUCGCUGCUACCACCGGAACUCCUACUGAAGGAAAAUUCGUCUUCGAUUUUGGCGGCUUUGCUUUUGCUGCUAACAGCACUAGUAUCCCAGGUACUCCUGAACCUUCAGCUUCUUCUUCUCCAAUACUGAAUAAUACCGUUGACUUCGGCAACAAGCCAAUUAUUGUUGAUUCCGGUACCACCUUGACUCUUUUACCAAACGCCACUCUUUAUGAGUUGGUUCAAAAUAUUGCUCCAGGAGCAGUUUACAAUGAAAACGCCCGUGGUUACAUCGUUCCAUGUGGCUUGAAGCAAAAGGAAAACUACAUUAAGUACGAUUUCAACGGUCAAACCACUAUCAAUGUCCCAUUCACUGAUUUGGUCUUAGAAGCCGGUCACGAUGCUACUGGUAACCUGGUUUGUGCAUUUGGAAUUGUUCCAAAUGACCAACCUAUUGUCGGUUCCAACUUCUUGAGAUCCGCGUACGCUGUUUUCGACUUAGACGAUGAUACCAUUUCCCUUGCCCAAAUUAAGUAUACCACCAGCGAACACAUUAGAGUUAUCGAGUAA